AUGGAAAUCAACAAUGGUAGGAAAACAAAAAUCCGGAAAGAUAGAUGGAUUCCUGGUAUGCCUAAUCCUCCAUCUCCUCAAAAUGAUCUUUUUAGAUUCUAUGAAUUUGUAGAAGAGUUAAUGAUCCCUGAAGCAGCACAAUGGAAUAUUCAACUCAUUAAUUCCUUAUUUGAUCCUGAUACUACUCUCAAGAUUCAAACACUAUACAUAAAUGAAAAUAACGAAGACUCCAUGAUCUGGAUGCCUGCAAAAGAUGGAAUAUUCUCUGUGAAAAGUACCUACAAAAUGCUGACUUAUAAUAAUAGAGAAGUUCAGGUAGAGGGAAGAACAAUUGAUAGAAAAGUUUGGAAAACACUUUGGAGUUGUAAAGCUGCUCAGAGGAUUAAGAUCUUUGCAUGGAAAAGCAUAAGAGGCCUACAUUCAACUAAGUACAAGAGGGCCAUGUUUAACAGUAGCCUUGAAGUCAACUGUGAUAUUUGUGGCUGCAAUGAAGAAACCAUUGAGCAUAUCCUUUUUGAGUGCAGACAUGCCAGAGAAGUCUGGAGGGGGAUUAAUAUCAACAUAGAUUCAGUAAGAGCCAGCAGCAACACAGUUUCAGAAUGGGUUACUAGUUGGUUUUCAGUUCACAAUCAGAACAAAGAAGAAAGAUGGCUUUUUUCACUUAUGAUUGGAGCAUGGAUUAUAUGGAAGGAUCAUUGUGAUGUUGUCUUUCAGGGAGUUUCACUUAACCCUUGCACUACAAUACAUAGAAUACAUUAUCACCUUACCUCUCAUAUGCAUAAACCUCAUAAUGCUGCUUUAAUGAAUUCUCAAUCUUCUAGAUGGAAACCCCCAUUAGAAAAUAUCUUGAAAUACAACAUAGAUGGCUCUUUCGAUUUGGAUACUAACCAAUUUGGAACUGGUAUUGUGGUGUGUGAUUUUGCAGGUCACUGCAUUGGGACAAAAAGAACAUAUGGAAAUAGAGCAUUAAACCUAGAGGCAGUUGAGUGCAUGGCUAUUCAUGAGGCGUUAUUAUGGGAAAAAAGCUUGAACCACUCAAGGAUACAUAUAGAGGCAGGCGCAAAGCUUGUGAUACAAUCCAUAAAUGUUCAUACACUUCUCAUCCAGUGGGAGAAUAGAAAUUUAAUUAAGGAGAUUAAACAUUUAAGUUCUAAGUUUAAUUUAUGCACUUUUGAUUAUGUCAAUAAAGAUGACAAUCAGGUGGCUGAUGCAUUAGCAAGAUCACCUAGGGAAACAACAAUCUCUACCGAAUAUUUUAGUGAUUUUGAUUAUACUAUAUGUGAUCUCCUAGCAGGAGAUUAA